AUGCCACCGCUCCGCUCGGUGCGCUCUGGCAAAGCAUGCGAGAGCUGCAGAAAGCAGAAGACUAGGUGCUACCCUUCAGGCAAUAUCUCCAGCACCUGUCUCCGCUGCCUCACGCUGAAGCAGCAAUGCUCACUCACUGCGGCAGUGAGGCAGCCAGAUGAAAUUACUGGCAGCGGCCAGAUCCCGGCGCGGCCGAACGUCGAGACUGGCGUCAUCAACACAAGGCUUGAUCGCUUAGAGGCCACUCUGGGAGCAUUGCUCGAACGCCUUGACUCCGAUAUCGAGUCGGUGUCGCGACGAGCUCCGAUCUCACCGCCUGUCCGGCCAUCAUCGCAGCCCGAGGAUGCACCGCCUGUACUGAUGAUCCGCGAUGUGGCAAAUGAGAUGGGCGUUCAGUCACCUGUCGAAUCAUACUCACAGCCAGGUGGUGACUCGGAGCUGUUGAACAAGGCUUCUAUCUCAGCCGCAACCGCCCAAGAGAUGAUAGCACUCUUCGGACGCCAUUAUGGUCGCUGGGUGCGGUUUGAUGAGACAGCCACGUCACAAGAACUACUAUCCAGUCUAGGAAAGUCGCCCUUGUUGCUCUGCAGCAGUCUUUUGAUCGCAGUUAGGCACACUAACGACGAACUUGCUCGCGUGGCUGCACCUGUGCUUCUCGGUGAGGCACAGCAGUUACUUGCUCGGUCGCUUCUCACAGUCGCCGAUGAUCUCACUUUCUUCCAAUCAGUUUUGGUGCUCAGCCUCUGGUCAACCACAAUUGGACAGGUACCGUUGAGUAUGGACGGAUGGCUUCUUACAAGCUAUGCUAUUCAUCAUGCGCUAGCUAAUGCUGAUUUCGCCCCUCUGUUCUCGCGCAGCUUCGAGCCUCUCACGGAAUCGCAAUUUGAUACUUGGUGCAUCUGGAAUCACCUAUGCCUAGCCCAUCUUCAAUACUGCGUGGGCAUGAGAAGGAAGUCGGUUCUCACGAUCACGCAACUAGAAACCAGUAGGCAGAACGUGAGGCGAGUUAUCCCUGGACAGCUGUCCAACUUUGAAGAGCGCAUGGUCGCCGAAGUCGCACUGUAUUGGAUUAUCUAUGAACGAACAUUUUCAGUCGACAAGCGACAGAACACCGAGGCGGCACUGUCCUCAUGGCGACAAGAGUGGCAAGCCCUGUUCGAUCAGCCACGGUCCCAGUUCCUCCAGAUGGGCUACUACUUCGCCUUGCUUUUAACAAACUUAGCGGCCUGUCGAGUCAGCAAAACCAUGUCAAAAAACAUCAGCGACGAUGCCCUCGGUGGCCUCAUCCGCUUAACCACAUCUAUCAUCAAUCUUGCCAUUGACACCACAGAUGAGCGCACACAGCAUUUAACAGAUCACAUCUAUCACAUCAUCACCUUCUCGGCCAUUACAUUGUGUCGACUCCUUAGCGCAUACGAGGAUCAGCUGUCAGUCUCGCACGAUGUCGCGUCCCUGGACACGCUGGUGACAAGUCUCGUGGACUGGCUGAAAUCGAUCGGUCUGAGAUCACAUGUCGCACAUAUGCUGGGCGGUGUGGUGCUCUCACAGCAGAGAAAGCUGAGGCCGGAGGCACAGCCGACACCGUAUAGCACCACAUCCGCCACCUCGCUGCCUUUUGAUACGGCAUUGCUGUACCCCGAGUUCAUCAACGCAGAGAUGUUCGAUAUCCAUUUUGAUGAGGAUUGGCAGGCGUGGGAGUGA